CAUUACAAAAAUCGAACAAAGAAAUCAAUUUUGCACAUUAAUUUCAUUUCAAACAAACGAAAACAAGUUAAAUUCAAAUUCAUCCUCAACUUCCAGACGUCAUAAUUACAAAUUAAAUGCAUAUAAAAACCUGAAAAUCCCUGUAAAAUCUCUGUAAAUUGUACGGGCGACGCCCAAAGCUGACCCAAUUCCGAUUAUUGACCAGCCCCAUCCCUCAGCUACCUAAAUGUCACCCCCCACGACCUUUUCAGCGCGCAUGCGCUACAGCCUGAAACCCCUGAAGCCUCCGAGCCCAGAUUUCAGUCUACCUAGCACCGCCUCACAAGCAACCAGCUUUCAGGCUGAAAAUAAUCUUGAAUUCAAUUCUCACACAUAUAUAUGAGAUAUUCUAAAAGUGAAUUAAUUUUCAUCAAAUAUCUUUUCAAUUUGAGGCACAUAGUAAUCUGUUUUUCAACCAAGAAUAUAUCUUACAAGUAGUGUUUGGUGGGAGAAGGUUUUUUUGAGACUUUCUAGAAGUUAGAGUAAUGUCAAAGCUGAGUUUGGACGGCUUUUUUUCAUACUGCAAGCAAAUCGCAGAACAUAUACAGUUGGGUGAGAGAAUGGCGUCACUGUCCGGCCAGGGUACCCCAAAACUAACGUCGUCAGUCGGCAAUCUCUACUAUGAUUCGAUCCUGCCGUACCGCGAGGACUCGCAGGCGCAGACCCGCGAGUUCCUCUCCCGGGUCGUCGAUGUUCUCCUGGACUACGUGCAUCAGGUCAACGACCGGAAUGAGAAGAUCUUGGAGUUCAAGAUGCCUGAGGAGAUGUUCAAGAUGCUGGACCUGCAGCUCCAUGAUGAACCACUUCCUCUGAAGCAGCUUCUAGAAGACUGCAAGAUCGCUCUCAAGCACCAGGUCAAGACGGGUCACCCCCACUUCUUCAACCAACUCUCCUGCGGUCUGGACAUCAUCUCGCUGGCUGGGGAGUGGCUGACCGCCGCAGCCAACACCAACAUGUUCACCUACGAGAUAGCACCUGUCUUCAUCCUUAUGGAGAAUGUUGUGUUGGAGAAGAUGAGGAACAUGAUCGGGUGGAAGACUGGGGAUUCGAUUCUUGCUCCAGGUGGGUCGGUAUCGAACCUGUACGCUUUCCUGGCGGCUCGCCACCACAAGUUCCCGCAGUACAAGGAGAAGGGACUCUCCAGCAUCGGAGGACACCUCGUCAUGUUCACCUCCGACCAGUGCCACUACUCGGUGAAGUCCUGCGCGUCUGUAUGCGGACUCGGCACUGACUACUGCAUAUGCGUGCCGUCUGACGAGCGCGGCCGCAUGAUCCCCACUGAGCUGGAGAGACUCGUGCGGUACCACAAGGAUAGGGGCAAUGUACCAUUCUUCGUGAACGCUACCUCCGGAACGACGGUGCUGGGAGCCUUCGACCCUCUCGAGGAGAUUGCCGACAUCUGCCAGAAAUAUGACAUGUGGAUGCAUGUCGAUGCUGCCUGGGGCGGCGGCCUGUUGUUCUCCAAGAAGUACCGUCAUCCCCGUCUGACUGGCGUCGAGAGGGCCGACUCCGUGACGUGGAACCCUCACAAGCUGAUGGGCACCCUGCUGCAGUGCUCCACCGUGCACUUCAAAUAUGAGGGUAUCCUCCUAAACUGCAACGCCAUGUCUGCUGAAUACCUCUUCAUGACUGACAAGAUCUACGACCCCAAGUACGACACCGGAGACAAGGUCAUCCAGUGUGGACGUCAUAACGAUAUCUUCAAACUGUGGCUGCAAUGGCGUGGCAAGGGUACUUCUGGCUUCGAGCGUCACAUGGACCGCCUGAUGGAGUUGUCAGAGUACAUGGUGCGUCGUAUCAAGGAACAGCCGGACCGCUUCCACCUGAUCCUUGAGCCUGAGAUGGUGAACGUGUCCUUCUGGUACCUGCCGCGUCAGCUGAGGGGAGUCCCGCAUGAUGCCAACAAAGAGAUCAAGCUUGGCAAGGUGUGCGCCAAACUCAAGGGCAAGAUGAUGCAAGCCGGCACCCUGAUGGUGGGCUACCAGCCUGACGACCGCCGCCCCAACUUCUUCCGCAGCAUUAUAUCCUCAGCCGCCGUUACCGAGAAGGAUGUCGACUUCCUUCUCUCCGAAAUGGACCGCCUUGGCCACGACAUCAUUGUGGAGUAAAUUACAAAAAAAAUGAUUUAACGGUGAAGAAUUUUCUUGUUAAUCUUAUGACAACUUUUUGCCGAUAAUCUAUGAAAUUAUCAUGGAUAUGGCUAUGACUGUCCAGUUAAUAAAUCUGUCGAAUAAUACAAAAACUACAGAGUUGGUUUCACUGUUGUAAGGUUUCUUCGCCGUUAUCGAUCGAUGUAUUUAAAAUAUUACGUUAUAUACAUGUACCGAAUGUUCUAGUAAAUCAUUUAAAUAGAUGUAAACUGCUGUAAAAAACGCAUAGAGAAUUAGGUGCGCGUGGGGAGGAUAGAAUAUUCACUCAUUAUUCACUAGACUAAAUGCUUCACUACCGCCAUCUAUUAGCGAGUAGCGAAAUUGAAAUGUUGAAGUUCAGUAUUUACGUUGUACUUGGGAACUAUGAGUAUUGAUUUUUGAAUGAAUUUUUACAUUAGCCGAAUGUGUCUUGGUCAUUCGAUUAAGUAUAUUAAUAUUAUUAGCGAAAUAUAGUCAUUUUAGGAAUUAUUUCAAAACAACUGAUUUUAUUAGCGCAAUUUUGACAUCUCAUCUUGAAUCUUGAUAGAUGUCAAAAUAUUAGUAUUUUUAGUAAAAAAGAAACAACGACACUAGUUAUUUUGUAAAAAAAACUCAUAAAAAUAAUAGUCAAAUAUUCAAUCAGCCCCGCUUUUUCUCGAAUUGUCUUGAUGUGUUUGAACAUAACCGAAUAAAUAAUCUUUUAGAAUUAUCUGGUUAAAGUAGUGACUUCGUUCCAAAAUAUAUUGAAUGUUUAUACCUUCCUCUAAAUGGUCCA